CUUUUUGAUCAAAGUGACUAUAAGAAAAGUCGUGAAUGGCGUCGUCACUUGAGCCUCUCACUAUUUUAACCCCACCACUCCACCAGUGAUACUCAGAUCUUCAUUUUCUUUCUUCGAUAUACCAUCUUUGUAAACCAUGGCUUCAUCUACGAAGAAGGUUUUGAUCCCUAUUGCUCAUGGUACUGAGCCCCUAGAAGCGUUGGCGAUGAUCACCGUAUUGCGACGUAGUGGUGCUUACGUGACGGUGGCUUCGGUCGAGAAUCAGGUUGGCGUUGAUGCUUGUCAUGGAAUCAAGAUGGUCGCCGACACUCUCCUCUCUGACAUUACCGACUCUGUUUUCGACCUUAUCAUGCUCCCCGGAGGGCUUCCUGGAGGCGAGACACUCAAAAACUGCAAACCUGUGGAGAAGAUGGUAAAGAAACAAGACGCAGAUGGAAGACUUAACGCAGCUAUCUGUUGUGCUCCUGCUUUGGCUCUUGGUACUUGGGGUUUACUAGAGGGCAAAAACGCAACGUGUUACCCUGUUUUCAUGGAGAAACUUUCAGCUACUUGUGCCACAGCUAGUGAGUCAAGAGUGGAGAUAGAUGGAAGGAUCGUAACUAGUCGAGGACCAGGAACCACCAUUGAGUUCUCUCUCACUCUUAUUGAGAAGUUGUGUGGGAAACAAACAGCUGUUGAUGUCUCUAGUAUCUUGCUGCCUCGUCCUAACCCUGGUGAGGAGUUUACUUUCACCGAGCUUAACCAAACGAGCUGGACAUUCAAAGAUACUCCACAUAUUCUCGUUCCCAUUGCAGAGGGAUCAGAUGAGAUUGAAACUAUAGCCGUGGUAGAUAUCCUGAGGAGGGCAAAAGCAAAUGUAGUGAUUGCUUCAGUUAGCAACAGUUUGGAAGUUGUAGGAUCUCACAAAGCUAACCUAGUCGCAGAUUUGCUUCUUGAUGAGGUUUUAGAGAAGUCAUUCGACCUGAUUAUGUUGCCUGGUGGUCUUAACGGUGCUUCAAGAUUGUCACGCUGCGAGAAACUGGUGAACAUGUUAAAGAAACAAGCUGAAGCAAACAAACCAUAUGGAGGUAUCUGCGCGUCGCCAGCUUACGUCUUUGAGCCUCAUGGUUUACUCAAGCGUAAGAAGGCGACUACACACCCAGUGGUGAGCAACAGACUUUCGGACCAGAGUCACGUUGAUUUCAGGGUCGUUGUUGAUGGGAAUCUCAUAACGAGCAGAGCUCCAGGGACUGCAAUAGAGUGUGCGCUUAUGAUCGUUGAGAAGUUUUACGGGCGUGAGAAAGCACUUCAGCUCGCAAAGGCGAUACUUGUUUAAGUUCAAAGAAUGAAGUGACACGUGAAUAAAAAAUGUCUAGUUAUCUCUCCAUUGAAGUUGAGACUUUGUAAUAAGGGACUAAUUUCACCAUAGCGGCAACUUGUUCAAAAUAAUACUAACAAGUUUUUAUUCAA